AAUAUUGAAUAGAAUAGAACAGAACAGAAAAGAAUAAUGCAAAUGAUGUAAAUGUUGGGAGGUAUAAUAAAAGAAUAAAAAUAAUUUAGGUUAGUGAUUUUAUUAGGUCAUUUCUGUAGUACAGGUUUUACACAAGAAGCGUGUUGACGUUCCCCCUGUUUGGGAAUCACUGUUUGAAGGAAUAACCGCUAGAGUUGAGAACACACACACACACACACACACACACACACACACACACACACACACACACACACACACACACAAGCCGUACACUCUGCUGUCAGCAGGCUGUGAAGAGCAGCUUCUGCACAUGCUCAGUGUUUUUCCCAUCACAUCACGCACAGUCACACAGAGCAGCCCCUCCACCUGCCUCCUCCUCCAGGAACUGAUGCUCACGCGUCUCUCUCUCCGCGUCUGCCGCGCUCCCGUUCUUUCUGCGUUCCCCGCGAGAGCGCUCUGAGCGGAGGAGACAUCAUGUCGUGGGCACCAGAGGGAUUCCUCUAAAGGCUGCAUGCGAUCUGCUAUGGAGUUCAACUCUUCAUCUGUGUUUGAGCAGCAUAAAGAUGUUAUUGAAUGAUUCAUGUUCCUCUCAGAAGCUGCUGAGGAGGUUGAUCUGAAUGUGGUGUACCAGGCAGCAGCAAACGGAGAUGUGAACACGCUGACCUCCACGAUACGAGAGGACCCGUCCAUCCUCGAGUGCUGCGAUAGUGAAGGCUCCACACCGCUGAUGCAUGCUGUGUCUGGGAGACAGGUGGAUACGGUCAAACUGCUGCUGAAGAUGGGAGCCUCUAUCAAUACACAAGACGCCUGUGGACGGACGUCCCUCUCUCUAGCGACAUACCUGGGCUGGCUGGAAGGCUGUGUGUGUUUGCUUCGCAACGGGGCGAAACAGAACAUUGCAGAUAAGAACGGACGCUUACCAAUUCAUGCUGCUACUGCUGAAACUGACUUCAGGCUCAUGGCUGUGCUGCUACAGCAGUCGACACUGUGUGAAAUCAACCAUCAAGACAAUGAGGGAAUGACGGCUCUUCACUGGGCUUCUUUCCAUAACCGGCCCGAGCAUGUGCAGGCCCUGCUGCAGAGAGGAGCUGACCCCACGCUUGUGGAUAAAGACUUUAAAACAGCUCUUCACUGGGCUGUGCAGAGCGGCAGCCGGUUAAUGUGUUCUCUCAUUCUUGAUCAUCAUCUGGGGUCCUCUGUGAUCAAUUACGAUGAUGAGAACGGGAAGACCUGCGUUCACAUUGCCGCCGCUGCGGGCUUCAGCGACAUCCUCUAUGAACUGUCUCACGUUCCUGAGACCAACCUGCAAGCUUUAGACGUGGAUGAACGCACCCCUCUUCACUGGGCCGCUGCAGCAGGGAAAGAUGACUGUGUGCAGGUAUUGUUGGAGCUGGGAGUGGAGCCCAACCCUCGAGAUAUUAAUGAGAAUACGCCACUCACAUACGCCAUGUACUGCGGUCAUACUGCAUGCAUCAAACUCCUCUCCACUGAAAACAGGUCUGAGUCAAGCAGGCCACUGCAUGCCCAAAACAGUGAAUCUUCUAUACGCAAGGAGGGGAAAUUUCGCAUGCUGAACCACAUCUUCUGUAAGAAGAAGAAAGAACUGCAUCCUUCUCAGCAGACAGACUUGAGUCAAGAAUGUCAGCUCAAAGAAGACACGUCUGAGGUGGACGACAUCAUCACUAUGUUCGAAUGUGUCACUGAACUCAGAGAUGAGAGCGAAAACACUUCUGCUGUCAGAAAACGAAAUAAUGAGUCUGAGAAAGUCCACCUCGUUGAGGACACAUCCAGCAAGGACCUCCAAACUCUCCCACCCAUACGCACACAGAGUCUUCCUCCAAUCACUCUAGGGAAGUCCCUGCUGGUAAACUCUCAGACUUUGGCCCACAGUACCAGCAGAGGUCAUGUGGCAGGACAUUUAGCGCACAGGUCGCAGAAGAGCAAGAGCGAGCAUGACCUGUUUGAUGGCAAAAGUAAGGACCAAAAAGCUGCCGGAUCCAGUCAGAUACUGACUCACAAAGCAUGGAUCUCAACUCCAUCUGAACAGCUGCUUGACAAGCUGCUGCAUGGAUCCUCAAGCCCUUUAGACGUGCUGUGCUCAAAUCACACGCCAUACAUACAGAGAAAUGACCAAGCUCACAAUCAUCUUUUUCCUCUGAGGGUCAGAGAAUCUGCCCUCACACGUAACAGUCUGGCUCCUAUCCGUGACCACUGCACUCACAGAUUUUCCUUGCCACCCGACCAGGUCUCUCAGGGAGUGAAGAAGUCGAAAUCCUCUUUAGGAGUGGGUCUGGCUGUACUUCCACCUCCGUUUGCAUCCAAACUGCACCGAGCCGGCAUUCCUCAAAACCAGUCGCUCAGCUCCUUCCCGCCACCGCUGACAGGAGAACCUUUACGAAACAUUCAAGUUCUUCCUGCCAUUCCUCCGCAGAGAAAACGCAGCCCAUCUCCGUUCACAACCCAGAAUCUCUCUGACAACAGAAACUGAUGGAAAUCUGAACACUGUUCAGAGUUUCAUGCGUCAUCUGGACCUAUUACGAUCACAAGGAUGCUGAAGAAUCACUGUUUGAUAAAACUACUGAGUCUUAACAAGACCGCUUUUCAUACAGUUUUACAACUAUGAUAUUUUUUAUGGUAUGCAUAUGGUUGAAAUUUUGACUGUAACAUUUAAACACGCUUUAAGCUUAUUGUUUACUGUUACUAUUAAUAAAGGAAACUGUUUAAGUAUGGAAUUGUGAUAACUUACUGUUAUGAUAAUCUAGUCAUAAAGUCAAAACAUUAACUUAAAUGUUGUAAGAGGGAAUAUUCUUUACCUUAAAAUAACUGAAAGCAACUGUAUGUGUUUUUUUUUUUUUUUUUACCUUGAAAUAUCAAUUUCCAAAUCAUUCUGAUGGUACACUGACUUAUAAUAAGGAGAAAGGUGUUGUUUCUGUCACAGUCUCCCUCAAAUGUCUGUUCUGGGAGUGUGUAAGUAACAAAUACUCAUGUCCAGUUUUCCACUGUAAUUAUGAAAGUGGUGUAGUUAUGACCGUGAAUUCAAAUCGCUUAACUGUAGGAGGCUCCAAAGUCACAAAAAUACACACAAGUAUACACAGUUGCUUUGUUGAAAUCAGUAAUGGAUUACAAUUUGCAAGUAGGCCUAAUCCUCCACCUUUGUGAUCAGCUGCUUCAGGUGUGUGGGUUUGAGAUGAAAUCUGCAUUAUCUAACAUGAAUCACACAAAACCAGACAGGUUUCGACAGCACCAUAGUGUUUACAUUCUUCAGGAAGCCAAAUUACUAAUGGAUGACAGUCGAUAUAUGUUCUGACUCAAGCUCAUCUUUAAUGACAUUAAAUGUACAGAAAGCAGAGCUGAUGUGCUUAAUGUUAUUUAGAUAUAGCUUCAAGCAGCAGUUAUUUCUGUUUUUAAUUUAUUUAUAUUGCUCAUAAUGAUUUCUUGAUCAUCAGCUAAGAAGUCAAUUGUGUUGCAUUACAUAAAAUCGUGAACUAAUCACAAACUCAGGAUCAAAAUCCCAUCUGACAGAGAAAGAGUGUAUCAAGUGUAGUGGUACUAUUUAAACAGGGUUAGAUUCGUUUGGUUUAGUCCUGUUACCCUGAGUUUGUUCAACGAGUGUUUUGGUACUGGCCCCGUUCCUAAAGGUAAAAGAUAAUGUGUAGAUACGAUAUAGAGUAUAGGGUGAGCGACGCAAGGGUCAUGGGUUUGCAUGAACUGAUAACGGCUGCUUUGGAUAAAUAUAAAUAGUUGAGUUAAUUUCUGUUCAGCAAUUUAUGUGGAUGAUAUCUGCAGUCAAAUAAAUAUCUAUACUGGACAGAAGCAGAUUUGUACAGUAGCACUCUUUAUGAUAAGAUUUAUGUUCAUAUUCCCUGGAAGAUUAUCAGUGGCACAGAGAUGACUUGUUAAAAAUAAAUUCCAUAUCAUGUUACGGCAGCUUUAAAUACAUCAGC